CUGGUUGCCGCCGCUCCCGCCCUUCGCUGACUGUCGCUCAGUAACGUCAUUGACAAGCGGCGAGCAAGAUGGCGCUGCUGUGGAGGCUGGCUGGCAGGAGGUGUCUGGGCUCUCCAAUCUCACCUGGGCCCCUGCUUCACAGGGUUUGCUGGGCGGGUUCCACGUCCCAACAGGAGAUGGAUCAAUUCUGGCAGAAGAACCAACGGUUGAACCGGCCUUUGUCUCCCCACAUCGCCAUCUACAGAUGGUCGUUGCCCAUGGCCAUGUCAAUAUUGCAUCGUGGAACGGGAGCUGCCCUGAGUUCAGGAGUGUCUCUCUUCGCCGUGGCUGCCCUGCUGCUACCCGGGGACUACCCCGGUUACCUGGAGCUGCUGCGCAGUCUGCAGCUGGGCACUGGCCUUAUUGGGGCUCUCAAGUUCACUCUCGCCUUCCCCCUGGCCUACCACACCUGGAACGGGAUGCGGCACCUGGUCUGGGACACGGCCCAUGCUCUCAGGAUGCCGCAGGUGCAGAGCUCAGGGUACUUGGUCCUCACUUUGACCGUUGCCACCUGCCUGGGGCUGGCCAUGCUGUGAGAAGGGGAGGGGGAGGUCCAACUGUACCAUGUACCAAUAAAUUUCACCUUAUCACUUUG